GGCAAGAUAUGUGGGGUAGUGCCGCAGGGAAUGAGCUAGUGAUGGUUGCUCGAGCUCGUCGGUGUCUGCGAUGCGGCUGUUGCAGAGGGGCCUCGGUCUAUAAAAGAGGAUGUUAGGCAGGCACCUCAUCCUCAACAAAGCAGCACAUCUCGCAUCACAUAUUCCCUUCCACCCCGCAAAACACAGCAAUGUACCUCCAACCCACGCUCCUCGCCCUCCUCGGCACCGCGCUCGUCUCUUCCUCCCUCGUCGCCGCAGCACCCGCCGCUGCCGCCAAUGCCCCCGUCGACGGCUGGCGCUGGGACACCGUCCCCGCCACGGCCCCCACCGACGGCUGGCGAUGGGUCCAAGUCCCCGCCGACAAGCCCGAGGACGGCUGGAGAUGGAUCCAGGUUCCCGCCCUUUCCAAGCGCGCUGGGCCCACUGACGGAUGGUGGUUCGACACCGUGCCCGCUGACAAGCCCGCCGAUGGCUGGAGAUGGGUGCAAGUCCCCGCCGACAAGCCCGAGGACGGAUGGAGGUGGAAGCAGGAGCCUAUCGUCAACAAGCUCGAUGCUCCCGUUGGGUGGAGAUGUCCUCCGGGUUGUCAGAUAGAUGGACCCACGAAGCGCGAAGUGACGCUUGACGCGCGCAAGGCUCCCGUCUCUGACUGCCCGUGGGACGACAUCACGGCCUCAGCAAAAUCCGGCUCCUGCCUCGGCGGCAAGCUGCGUCUCUGCUGGCCCGACGCCAAUGACAUUCCGAGGUGGGUCUCGCUCGGCGAGUCGGACAAGUGCAAGACGAGCGGGAACUACUGCUUCACGGCUGAGGGACAGCAGUGCAAAUGAACGCCCCUAACCGUCGCCCAACGUCGGCAGGGACCGUCUUGAUCCACCGCCCGAAGAAAGAUGGGAAUGCAUCUCCCACGUCAAAUGUGGAACCUUCGUGAGGUCAAACAGGAUGGAAACCACUCGAGAUCCUCGAU